AUGAUUUCGGCAAAGAUACUCUUCUAUGAGGCAUUAAGCGCAUUGCUGUCUUUGACUUCUGUUCAAGCACAGGCUGCCGACUAUCCGUUCGACAUCAACGGAGCUUUUGAGGGCGCUUCUGCCACCACGGGGGACUUUAAUUCAGGCGGCAUAAUUAGAUGCAAUGGCCACUCCAUCACUGUACCCCAGAAUCUUCAAGUCACGUUUCCCGCGGCCUUUAUCCCGUACAAGGACUUCGUCGGCAGUAGUGGUGGCUACUCCGGCUACAAUUGCGAAGUCACCGGCAACGUCAUCAAUGGGGUCCUCAUCGCUGCCCAAGUCUCCAUUGCUCAAUCGCUGCUGAACGCUGCCUCUGGCCUCGUCGAAAGCGUAAACACCGAUGGUCGAAUCAAACUGACGGACGGAACGACGAUUCGCAUCAAUGAUCCUAACGCCGUCUUCUCCGUCGGAUAUACUGCCCAGCCUUUUUUCACUGCUGACGACGCCAACCCCAGUAUCAGCUCUUUCUCUGGUUUUCCCAUGUGUGUUCCGCGCAGCGCAACCGACGCUCUUUGUCCCCAGUCCAAUAGACCGGAUAUCACUCCGGGCGUCAAACAAGGGCUUUUCAAAGCACCCGAUGCUCUUGUCAUGGCCCCUAUUGUAGCAGGUGAUUUUAUCGAAUACUCUGGUGUUCAAUCCAAUGGCGAGAUCAUCGUCUACAAUCUCGUUGUGAGCAAUGUUCAAAUAAUCACUACGGGUGUUCCGACGUACAUCCGCAUGGAGGAUGCCAAUAUUGGUGUUUGGACCGCCGACACGGCCAACCAGGAAAUCGCACAGACUCGAUUCGUCGGCUACACAUCUGACUCUGCUGCGAACGUCAACCCCAUCAAGAUCUACGCCAUUGAGUAUGACCCGUGCACCGGCCAGGCUGUCGACCGUGAGAUUGCAGGCGUGAGUGUUCCCAACACCGAGGUCCGCAACAAGUUCGAGUACCGCAUCAAGGCGACCCAGAAUGACAACUACGCCCGUGAGUACCGCGUCGUAGCCGGCACCGGCACCGUAAAGACCAAGAACGGUAUCAUGGCCGGCCAGUACGUCAUGCCUGUCUCCGAAUGGAUCCAGCCCGAGGACUCUGUUCCCGGCCGCCCUCCCAGUCCGCACGACUUCCGAAGCUACGCUUUCCUGACCAAGGGACUGGGUCGCGAUGCUGAGGGUAACCUUUGGGGCCCGCUCAAUCCCUUCCCCCAGACUGGUGCCACCGUCUACGACAACUCCAAGUGCCCUGCUGCAAGCACCCCUACGACCGGCACUGGCACUGGAACGGGCACCGGCGCCGGAACCGGCACUACCUCUGCCACGGCUGCCAGCAACUCGGCAGCGGCUGUCAAAUACAAGGAUGUCGUGACCAUGCCUACCUUCAACUGGGUGUCAUCUCAGAGUGGCACUCUCACCGUCGGUUGCCAGUCCAACAGUACCGACGAUACCUCGGUCGCGAUGAAGUUGAGCUACACCAACAAGGAUGGCACUACCACCGGCCUCACCAUGAUCUCCGCCGGCAAGGGUCUCUGGAACUUCAAUAGUAACAAGAUCAGGCAGCCGAACACUGGAACGGUCAUUUGCAAGAGUGGUCUUGGCGGCCAGGUGGCGCGCUGA